AAAAAUUCUUAGUAUUCUGCUAAUAUUAGGGCUACCGAGGCAUUAACCUGCACUGGGUCUGCCAGUUCUACCGAGAGCGAGGGUCUUCCUGGAGGAGGUGGGGUCUGGCCCUCAGGCCCCGCCUUUGGCCCCGCCUCUCCGAGCUUUGCUUCCGGGUCGGUAAGGGCAGCCACGUCAUCCCCCGGCUCCGCAAGCUUGCCGGGCAGUCGCUCCUGGGAGCCAAGAUGGCGGCGGCGGCGGCGGCCUCAGCGAGUAUUCGGGAAAGGCAGACAGUGGCUUUGAAGCGUAUGUUGAAUUUCAAUGUGCCUCAUGUUAAAAACAGCACAGGAGAACCAGUAUGGAAGGUACUCAUUUAUGACAGAUUUGGCCAAGAUAUAAUCUCUCCUCUGCUAUCUGUGAAGGAGCUAAGAGACAUGGGAAUCACUCUGCAUCUGCUUUUGCACUCUGAUCGAGAUCCUAUUCCAGAUGUUCCUGCAGUAUACUUUGUAAUGCCAACUGAAGAAAAUAUUGAUAGAAUGUGCCAGGAUCUUCGAAAUCAACUAUAUGAAUCAUAUUAUUUAAAUUUUAUUUCUGCUAUUUCAAGAAGUAAACUGGAAGAUAUUGCAAAUGCAGCAUUAGCAGCUAGUGCAGUAACACAAGUAGCCAAGGUUUUUGACCAGUAUCUCAACUUUAUUACUUUGGAAGAUGAUAUGUUUGUAUUAUGUAAUCAAAAUAAGGAGCUUGUUUCAUACCGUGCCAUUAACAGGCCAGAUAUCACAGAUACAGAAAUGGAAACUGUUAUGGACACUAUAGUUGACAGCCUCUUCUGCUUUUUUGUUACUCUGGGUGCUGUUCCUAUAAUCAGAUGUUCAAGAGGAACAGCAGCAGAAAUGGUAGCAGUGAAACUAGACAAGAAACUUCGAGAAAAUCUAAGAGAUGCAAGAAACAGUCUUUUUACAGGUGAUACACUUGGAGCUGGCCAAUUCAGCUUCCAAAGGCCCUUAUUAGUCCUUGUUGACAGAAACAUAGAUUUGGCAACUCCUUUACAUCAUACUUGGACAUAUCAAGCAUUGGUGCAUGAUGUACUGGAUUUUCAUUUAAACAGGGUUAAUUUGGAAGAAACUUCAGGGGUGGAGAACUCUCCAGCUGGUGCUAGACCAAAGAGAAAAAACAAGAAGUCUUAUGACUUAACUCCAGUUGAUAAAUUUUGGCAAAAACAUAAAGGAAGUCCAUUCCCAGAAGUUGCAGAAUCAGUUCAGCAAGAACUAGAAUCUUACAGAGCACAGGAAGAUGAGGUCAAACGACUUAAAAGCAUUAUGGGACUAGAAGGGGAAGAUGAAGGAGCCAUAAGUAUGCUUUCUGACAAUACUGCUAAGCUAACAUCAGCUGUUAGUUCUUUACCAGAACUCCUUGAGAAAAAAAGACUUAUUGAUCUCCAUACAAAUGUUGCCACUGCUGUUUUAGAGCAUAUAAAGGCCAGAAAAUUGGAUGUAUAUUUUGAAUAUGAAGAAAAAAUAAUGAGUAAAACUACUCUGGAUAAAUCUCUUCUAGAUAUAAUAUCAGACCCUGAUGCAGGAACUCCAGAAGAUAAAAUGAGGUUGUUUCUUAUCUAUUAUAUAAGCACACAGCAAGCACCCUCUGAGGCUGAUUUGGAGCAAUAUAAAAAAGCUUUAACUGAUGCAGGAUGCAACCUUAAUCCUUUACAGUAUAUCAAACAGUGGAAGGCUUUUACCAAGAUGGCCUCAGCUCCUGCCAGCUAUGGCAGCACUACCACUAAAUCAAUGGGUCUCUUAUCACGAGUCAUGAAUACAGGAUCACAGUUUGUGAUGGAAGGAGUGAAGAACCUGGUUUUGAAACAGCAAAAUCUACCUGUUACUCGUAUUUUGGACAAUCUUAUGGAGAUGAAGUCAAACCCUGAAACUGAUGACUAUAGAUAUUUUGAUCCCAAAAUGCUGCGGGGCAAUGACAGCUCAGUUCCCAGAAACAAAAAUCCAUUCCAAGAGGCCAUUGUUUUUGUGGUGGGAGGAGGCAACUACAUUGAAUAUCAAAAUCUUGUUGACUACAUAAAGGUAGAUGUGUACACUAAAAUCCAACACUGUCCCCAAGAAAGACUGUCAAGAAUUACCAAAAAAGGAAAACAAGGCAAACACAUUUUAUAUGGCUGCAGUGAGCUUUUUAAUGCUACACAGUUCAUUAAACAGUUGUCACAACUUGGACAAAAGUAACACAGAAGAACCUUACUAUGAUAAUCUACUUGGAAUGUGGAUAAAUGUAAAAAGAAAAUAAAUGUUUCCCUCUCUAUAACAAUGUCCUAACAGUGAAAUUGAGAGUUGUUUGCUAAUUUUUAAGGAAAUUCUAUACUUAAUAGGUAUUGAUUAAAAAAAUAAAACAUUUCAGAAAUAAAAUUUCAACAUUGUU